CGUAGGAUCACCUUGUGAAAACUACGGAUUUGAAGUCAUAACAUCAAGUCUGACACUGAUAUUGGCAAUUGUUCGGCAAACGAGGUGAUAUUGUGUGUUGAGUGGUAGAUUAUCGGAUACUUUGUCAUUUCACGGACAUAAACAUAAUUGGUAAAAUGAGAAAACUGUCACUAGCCGACGUGGUACAUGUAUGUGAGCAUCAAACAGUUCAAGUACCGGACGGUGGAUGGGGAUGGAUGGUCACUUUUUCCUCCUUUAUUGUCAAUGCGUUGAUUGACGGUGUGAGUUUUACAUUCGGAAUUUUCUUUCCGGAAUUCCUGAGAUAUUUUGGAGAAAGCAAAGCGAAGACACAGAUGUUACACUCAGUAUUGGUUGGAACGCUUCUUGUUUUUGGUCCAGUUGUAAGUGUAUUGAUGAACAAAUAUGGAAGUCGACGGGUGGCCGGAAGUGGAGCAGUAAUUGUCAGCGUCGGGCUCUUCCUUUCCUCAUUUUCACCAAGCCUUGACGUGAUGAUAAUCUUUUACAGCAUUGCCGGAGGUAUUGGGUUUGGCCUGCUGUACCUACCGUCGAUUGUCAUAAUUGGUACAUACUUUGACAAACGAAGAGCUCUCGCCACAGGAAUGGCUGUUUGUGGAGCCGGAGUAGGAGCAUUUGCUUUUGCUCCCCUCAGUGAAUUUCUUUUGGAAACCUACGGCUGGCGUGGAACCAUGUGGAUAAUGUCAGCAAUUGUUCUCAACGGUGUUGUUUGCUCCGCUGUCUACAGACCAUUGGAAACCUCUUUUGAUCGGAAUGUUCAGAAAAUCGUGACAGCUAAAUAUGCGCAUGAUAACUUUGCAAACAACUGUGGCAAGUGUUGCCAGAAAUCAUGUUCACCAAUCAAAGCCAUGUUUGACUUCACACUUCUUAAAAGUCCGACAAUGUUAAUGUAUGGAGCGUCAUGUCUUUUCGUCAUGUUUGGAUUUUUCAUCCCUCUAAAUUUCCUGCCUGUUUGGGCUAGUGAAGUCAAUCUUUCCUCUGCUGAGGGAGCAUUUCUUAUCUCGUUCAUGGGGAUAUCCAACACUGUUACACGCGUUUUGAUUGGCUACAUCACGGACAAACCAUGGGCCAAUAGCUUGAUAAUAAACAAUACUGCCCUGUUGAUUGGUGGAGUGUCUACGUGCUUUGUGCCCUUCUACACUACCUUUGUUACUCUUACAAUUUACGCGGUCGUGUUUGGCGCAGUAUUAGCGGCAUUUAUCUGUCUCAGAAGUAUACUGAUGGCAGAACUGUUGGGGGUACACAGACUUUCCAGUUCAUUUGGGUUGGUUGGACUGAGCAUGGGACUGUCCUCAUUUGUUGGAUCGCCUAUAGCAGGAGCAUUGUCGGACAUGAGUGGAAGUUACAACUUAGCCUUCUACUUCGGGGGCAUCACUCUUGGCCUUGGAGGAUUAAUCUGCCUUCCACUCAGACGGAUUUCAGAAUGGGAGAAAAGUAGGAACAUCGAGUUUAACUUAUCUGUGACAUGUGAUGUUGGUAAGAAAGAGGACAGCAAAACGUUGACAAUAUUAUCAAUCAAGAGGAAUUCAUCCAUAUACACCAUACCAAUAGAUGGAUAGGCGCAAGGUGGAAUCGAAUGAUUAUGCUGAAUAAUAACAGAAAUAAAAUGUGACUCUAAAAUCUUGGAAUAUACAUGUAUUUCAUUUUUUGCGGUGCAAACACAAGGAAAGUCAAAAAUGUGUUGAUGAAAAACAGCAUGUAUCGAGAAAGGAGGAGCGGGAGGUCAACACUUUGACAGAAAAACAUCUAUAACCCUAGGCAUAUCUUGACGAUGCCCUUAUUUAGAACAAGGACGUUAGUGACCAUUAUCGACCUCCAAUACUGAAGGUUUUUGUUAGUGUUAGGAUAACACUCCUUUUGUUAUGGAGUAUAUUUAUUUCUAAUCGUAUCGCCUAACGUUCUAUUGUCGAGAAAAUACUUCAUCACUUGGAUAGUAUAUACACUCAUUACUACCAAAACCAUGACCAAUAAGGACGGGAUACGGCUUGAUGGUGCUGAAACACUUUUUCAAGGCUCUCAAUGUAAACCUUUCUUUAGUUCAUCUUCUUCUUCUUUAAAUGCAUUCAUUUUGAGUUCAAUUACAGUCUUGUUCACACUUUCGUAAUGAUUUUAUUUCAUUUGUUAGUUGCGUUUCGUCUCAGCUGCAACCUUCUUAGAAUUGAAAGUAUUUGCCUAGAAGCUUUUGUCUGUUGAUAAGCUGUAAUAAUCGAUUUGUAUCAUUUCACGUUCCUAAGUCUUUCAAUGAAUGUAUAGUCUUUUAUGGUGAAUUUAUGCAGUUCAUAAACGGAAUAAUCACUAGAUACAAUUUUACAACACUUGAGGUUUUAUCAUUUUUUACAAAUGAUAACUAGUAUUUUUUUUCUUUUUGAUUAACAAUAUCUAUUUUCUCUUUUUUAUUUAUGCUGAAAUAAUUUCAUAAAAAACUGUUGAACAACAAUCGUUCAUCUGGUAUGCUUACUAAAUAAACCAGGUUUUAUUUCUGUCUGUCUGUUUCAAUACACAGCUAUUUUCAAACGAAGUCAUGUCCAACGAAUCUGAAUUUCCGGUUUUUAAGCUCUGAUCACAGUACUUAUUGGAUAACCGGUUAAGGUUAUUUUAUUUAUAUAUUCAGUGCGUUCGGCUUAUAAACAUUACAAUUACUCUUUUGCGCCGAUUACUUCGGUGGAUGUACAUAACAAAGCUGAAAAGACACAGAGAAAGACUUUGUAUGUUGUAACCCAGACGUGCGAGAUCUAUUUUACUGAUAUCUAAGUUUAAAGUACAAAUUUUGUUUUACAAAAACACAUGUGUAGUUCGCCUCUUUACAACAUUUAUUCCAUGAUUGUGCGCAAGCAUAGAAACAGCUAUGUACAUCAGCUGUAAACAUGAAGUUGUGAGUGAUGGCCUUGUGCCCACAGUGUAUCAAUUGUUAAAAGGUAUUAGUAAUACAAAUAAUAAUAAAACAAACUUUAAAUAAAUUUGCCAACGAUUUAUGUUAAAAUUGCUCAGUUUCGUCUGAAGUAUGAAAAAUGAUAUUUUAAUAAAGA